AUGGCCACUCCGCCCCCAGAGGCUGCUCCUGUCGUCAAGGAGGAAAAGCCUCAGCUGCCUCCUUCGCCGACUGGAGCUUCUGCCCCCGAUGUCGCAUUCACUAGUGGUCAGAAUGCAGCGAUUGGCCUGAAGACAGAUUCUCCCGCUCCAACUCCCACUCCCGCAACGGAGAAUGUCCCUACCACAAAUGGUCACUCUCCUAGCGUGCCUCCGACUACAAACGGAACCAGUGCAGCCGCAUCACCUCCAAAGUCUCCCGCACCGGUGCCUAAUUCCCCCUCUACUUCGGCACCUCCAGCUGCACCAGCUACAAUACUCCCGCUGACAACACACCUCAAUCUGGAUCCCAACCCCCCCACCAACAACUCUACCAAUAGUCCCGCUGCGUCAGCAGGUGUUACGGACAUGAAACCCGUCGAAAGUGAGGACAAAAUGGCUAUCGACAGCCCCACAACUCAGGCAGCUCCCUCAACUCAACUUCCUCAUCACCCAACCACCACCGAAAUCACCACCCCCAUUCUUCCGUCAAUUCAAACUGAUCACGAAAUGAAGGAUGCGCCAGUUGCCCCCAUGUCUCCUUCUAAGCUUUCUCGUGAGCGCGAGGCAGACCCCGCGGAGGAACCAGCGGCAAAGCGUACCAGAGUUGAAGGCCAAGAUGCUGCCUCCAGGGAAUACAGGAUGGCUGUGCCCCCCCACUCCUGCUACUGCGAUCCCCGCACCAGUUCUCUGACGACCCUGAAACGCAUGCAUGAUUCGCGUUUUUACCGUGAAGCAGUCGACUGGGUGAAGUUGAACAUCCCCAAUUAUCCUCACGUCAUCACUCAGCCAAUGGAUCUGAGCAGCAUGGAGAAGAAGCUCAAGAAUAACAUGUACUCAUCUCCCCAGGAGGUCUUCCGUGAUUUCGAUCUGAUGGUCAACAAUUCUUUGGUUUUUAACGGCCCCGACCAUCUGGUGUAUCAGGAAGGUGAAAAGUUAAAGCACACCUUCCAUAAGCAGAUGACCAACCUGCCCAAGGCCGACGAGGUUGAGGAGAGGAAAACAAAGAAGUCGACUGAGAAGACCUCUGCCGCUCGACGGGAACCUCGCACCUCGCUCGGAAGCACCACCGCCAAAGCUGCCUCUCCACAGAGUACCACCUUCGCAUUGGGACCGGAGGGACUCCCCGUCAUUCGCCGGGAUUCCACGAACCCGGAUGGCCGCCCCAAGCGUUCGAUCCAUCCUCCCAAGCGAGACCUUCCCUACGCUACCAAGCCCAAGAAGAAGAAGUACCAGUGGGAGUUGCGAUUUUGCCAAGAGGCCCUGGAAGAGCUUUGGAAACCCAAGUAUUCGCUGAAUGCAAUCCCCUUCUACGCCCCCGUCGACCCCGUCGCACUCAAUAUCCCGACUUACCAUAGCAUUAUCAAGAAACCGAUGGACAUGACCAGCAUCAAGAGCAAGCUGACUACCGGCCAAUACGAAAACUCGAAAGAGUUUGAGGCUGAUGUCCGUCUCAUGUUCAAGAACUGCUAUCGAUUUAAUCUUCCUGGAGAUCCCACCUACCAAUGCGGUAAGGCUCUCGAAGCCGUCUUCGACCUCAAGUGGGCGCAGAAGCAGGAAUAUCUUGACCGCCACGAGCCGCACCCCGAGCACAACUCCGAUUCUUCCGACGAUGAUAGUGAUGAGGAGGCCGAAAGUGACGAGGAUGAUGAGCAGCUCAGUGAACUCCAGAGGAAGAUCGCUGAGAUGUCCCGUCAAGUGGAAAUGAUUACGCAAAAGAAAAAGAAGACACCCCCUACUAGCAAGAAGUCUGGAACCAAGACCAAGGCUGUCAAGAAGGAGUCAAAGAAGACUACCACUAAGAAGGAAAAGAAAUCCAGCAAGCCCGCCAAGCCGGAGAAGACGCGCUUCGUAUCCUACAACGAGAAGCAGAUCAUCUCCAACGGAAUUAGUGCUCUUCCUGACAAGAAGAUGCAGCAGGCUCUCCAAAUCAUCCAGAGCAAUGUUCCUUCUUUGAAGAACACUGCAGAGGCCGAGAUUGAACUGGAUAUCGAUGAACUCCCCAACGACGUCCUCCUUCUCCUGCUCAAGUUUGUCAAGAAGAAUGCCCCGAAUGUCGUGGAUGACGAAGAGGAAAUCCCCGGAAACCCCCACGUUUCCGCCGCGAAGCCCAAGAAGAAUAAGCCCAUGAGCAAGUUCGAGCAGGAAGCUCAGAUCAACAUGCUGCAGAGCAACCUUUCUCGUUUCGAGGGAGGUGGCGGUGGUUCACCCGAACCUAUGCCCUCGGUCGAGGCCAUGGACUCUAGCGAGGAUGAGUCGGAUGAUGACUCGGAGGAGAGUGAAGAGGAGUAA